CUUCAGGACAAAUAGGUUAUGCGGUUAGUACAAAAAGUAAUUCUAAAAGCAUAUCUUCAGUGGAAAAAAUCAAAAGUUGAAUUUUUCAGGCUAUACCUCGCACAAAAACAAAUGAACCUGACACGAAAGCACUUUUUGGUGAGCGCGCCUGAAGGCAGCGCAGGCAGAUCUCUGGGUGCAUUUUUCUUUCAGCAGCUGUUUCAGUUUAGUGAUCGUCAUCCGUGCAGCUUUCUUGAUUUGGCCUCAUCGUCCACGAGUUCGGACCUGAUCUGACGUCCCCCGAUGGCUUAGGGAGGAGGUCUCGCUGCACAUACAUGGCGCGUGUGUGUUUGUUGCUGGUGUGUGUCCUGAGCGUCCGGGUGGGCAACGGUGACCGUGCCCACCCGGACCACCAACAUCACCGUUCAGAUCUGUGCACAGUGGACCGGCAGCUGUGUAAGGACGAGAACGCCGGCUUGAGUUUUGAAGCUAUCUACAACAUCCACAGACAAAUGGAUGACGACGCCGACGGCACGGUGGACGCGGCCGAAACGGACGAGUUCCUGCGAGAGGAUCUCAAGUACCACGACCCAAAGGCCAAGCAGAGCAACUUCCACCGUGCAGACCUUCACAUUAGCGUGGAGGACAUGUGGGAUGCCUGGAAGAACUCAGAGGUGUACAACUGGACAGGCGAGCAAGUGGAGGAGUGGCUCCAGUUCAGUGUGGAGCUCCCCCAGUACGCCGAGACCUUCCGUAAACACGGACUGGACGGCAAGGCGUUGCCAAGGCUGGCGGUGAAGAACGCCACCCUGACCGGCUCGGUGUUGAAAAUUGUAGAGCGUGGUCAUGUGCAGAAGCUGCAGCUCAAGGCCCUGGAUACCGUGCUCUUUGGACCGCCGCCAGGCCGACAGAACCAUUGGAAAGACCUCGUUCUGGGCGUGUCCAUCCUGGCGGCAUUGGGCGGCUGCUGGUUUGCUUACGUCCAGACAAAGAGGUCCAGAGACGACCUGGGCAAGUUGAUGAAGGACCUGGAGGGUCUUCAGAGGGCCGAACAGAGCCUGUUGGGUCUGCAGGAGAAGCUGCAAAAGGCCCAGGAGGAUCAGCGCUGCGUUCAGGUGGAGAAAGUGAAGGUGGAGGAGGAGCUGAGGAACGAGAUUGACGCGGCCAAGCGGGAAGCAUGCCGGCUUCGCGAGCUCCGCGAGGGCACUGAGAAUGAAAUGAGUCGCCAGAAGUACGCCGAGCAAGAGCUGGAGCAGGUGAGGAUGGCACUGAAAAAGGCCGAGAGGGAGCUGGAGUCACGGGCUCGCUGGUCACCGCCGGACACCCUGCAGACGUGGCUGCAGCUGACGCACGAGAUUGAAGUUCAGUACUACAACGUCAAGAAGCAGAGUGCCGAAAGGCAGCUACUGCAAGCCAGAGAGGGGGUGAGUAAGCACUCGAGCACUCUAGGCGGCACUUGGAAUCGAGAAGUGGGCCAACUGCCCGCCGCCGUUGCAGGCAGAGAAGAUCAAGAAGAAGAAGAGUUCGCUUUUUGGGACCUUGCACGUGGCUCACAGCACCUCAUUAGAAGAUGUGGACCACAAGAUCCUCUCUGCCAAGCCCUGGCCGAUGUGACGGCCGCACUGCGAGAGAAGCUGCGGCGCUGGCAAAACAUCGAGUCGCUGACUGGUUUCUGCCUGGUUACCAACCCGGGCCUAGGGGCUCUAGCCGCCGCCCUUCAUUUGGACCCGUCCUUCCUGGGCUUGCGACCGGCGACGCCACAGCACCUCCUCCUGUCCGACGACCUGGACGAUAUGGAUGAGGACAUCCUGUCACCCGGCACGCUGAAAUAUGCAGCCUGGCAGAUGGACCAACGAGCGAGCGACCUCUGGCCACUGAGCGGCUUUGCAGACAACCCGUUGCCAUGGAAGCUCUCCGCUCAGAGGAUGGGAGACUCCACCACGAUGUUUAGCUCUCAGAGGGACAUUAUGGAUCGCUCUGACUCGGAGUCGCCCCUUCCGCACGCUGGCGGCGAACCCCGAGGCCUGCAUGGCUCCAAGACACUCCUCUUGUCCAAUCAGAGCGCCAGGAUGAGAGGGCUAGGAGGAGGCCUAGAGAAAAGCUCAAGCCUCGGGGAGCUAAGGACCAUCCCCACCGCCAUCCCUGCCUCCUCCCGCUCCACGCGCUCUCUUUGCAUCACGGCCGCCGCCGCCGACAGCCCCGUCCUCUUCUCGGGUGUUUGCGCAGUUCCCGGGUGGAGUCCCGCCAAGGAUGGGGGCGAGGCAUCGGGGGGUGGCCGUCGCAGAAAUGCCUUCGAUAAAAUCUUCAAGAAGAAGAAAUGACGUGACUGAAACCAAACUGUCCGCAAACUCUCACGCUCUACAGAGUUGGUGGCAAAGCCGGACCUUCGGCUCACUAAAACUAAACACAUGCCAUCAACACAAUUGCUUUUCUGCUUGUCUGUAGUCGGCAGCGUAAGAGAACUAGUGAGUUAAAUCAGCCACAUCGGGUUUUCACACUUGUGAUGACACCUGAAGGCAGCAUGCGGAGGUACGCAUACGCACACACUUGUUAAAUCAUAAUCAGGUCGCGCGUGGAUGGCAGAGGCCGGAUGUGAAGUCAACCGAAUGACCCCAAGUGAUUCAAGGAUUCAUUAUGUCAAGAGCUUUUCGAGAAUAGUCAUUCCUCUCUUAGCCGCUUUUUGUCGGUGUUUUAAAACUAGUGUUCGUUACCAUGCUGUGCACAGUAUUAAUAAAUAAUGGGAGCACAAGAACCACGAA